CUGCCCAGUCCUGAGAGAAGGAUGACCAAGUUCAGGGAGAUGGUGACCUUCAGGGACGUGGCCGUGGUCUUCUCCGAGGAGGAGCUGGGGCUGCUGGUCCCCGCGCAGAGGAAGCUGUACCGCGACGUGAUGCUGGAGACCUUCCAGAACCUGCUCUCCGUGGGACAUCAGUCCUUUAAGCCAGAUAUGAUCUCCCAGCUGGAAAGGGAGGAAGAGCUGUGGGUGAAGGAGCUGCGGACCGGCCCAGAGAGAACUGGGCUGGAUCCUUGCACUAAACUGUCCCCGAGUGACACGCACAGCCGCCAGAGGGGCUGUCUGCAGACUCCGAUGAGAAGCAAGCCCCACAGACCAGCCCCACGGGGCGACCUUCCCGGCUGCACCCCCUACCGCCAUGAUGGAAGCAGCGAGAGAGGGGCUGCGCCCAGCAAGGCGGGCUGCGCGGUAAUGCCCCGCACCCAGCACGCUGCCUCCAUCGGACCCCAAACCAACCCGUGCACGGAGUGUGGAGACGCCUCCAGCGAGGGCUGCAGCCUGGCACGCCAUCGGCAGGGACACAUGGCAAGCAAGCCCCCCACCUGCUGUGCACGUGAGGAUGCGCGUUACAGCCCGGGCCUUCCCGUCUGGCCCGGGACUCACUCAGGGAAAAAACGCUAUUGGUGCCAUGACUGUGGGAAGGGCUUCAGUCAGAGCUCGAACCUGCAGACCCAUCAGAGGGUCCACACGGGCGAGAAGCCCUACACGUGCCCCGAGUGCGGGAAGAGCUUCAACCAGAGCUCACACCUGUACGCGCACCUGCCCAUCCACACGGGCGAGAAGCCGUACCGCUGCGACGCGUGCGGGAAGGGCUUCAGCCGCAGCACCGACCUCAACAUCCACUGCCGCGUGCACACGGGCGAGAAGCCCUACACGUGCGAGGCCUGCGGCAAGGGCUUCGCGCAGAGGUCGCACCUGCAGGCCCACGAGCGGAUCCACACGGGAGAGAAGCCGUACCGCUGCGGGGACUGCGGCAAGCGCUUCAGCUGCAGCUCCAACCUGCGCACCCACCAGCGCGUGCACACGGAGGAGAAGCCGUACCGCUGCGGGGAGUGCGGCAAGCGCUUCAGCCUGAGCUUCAACCUGCACAGCCACCAGCGCGUGCACACGGGCGAGAAGCCCUACAAGUGCGCCGAGUGCGGCAAGGGCUUCAGCUCGGCCUCCAGCUUCCAGAGCCACCAGCGCGUGCACACGGGCGAGAAGCCGUUCCGCUGCAGCGUGUGUGGCAAGGGCUUCAGCCAGAGCUCCUAUUUCCAGGCGCACCAGCGGGUCCACACCGGGGAGAAGCCCUACAAGUGCGAGGAGUGCGGGAAGCGCUUCAACUGGAGCUUGAACCUGCACAAUCACCAGCGGGUGCACACGGGCGAGAAGCCCUACACGUGCGAGGCGUGCGGGAAGCGCUUCAGCCAGGCCUCCAACCUGCAGGCCCACCAGAGCGUCCACACCGGCGAGAAGCCCUUCAAAUGCGACGCGUGUCAGAAGCGCUUCAGCCAGGCCUCCCACCUGCAGGCCCACCAGCGGGUGCACACCGGGGAGAAGCCGUACACCUGCGACACCUGCGGGAAGGCCUUCAGCCAGCGGUCCAACCUGCAGGUCCAUCAGAUCGUGCACACGGGCGAGAAGCCGUUCCGGUGCGAGGAGUGCGGGAAGGAGUUCAGCUGGAGCGCCGGGCUGAGCGCCCACCAGCGGGUGCACACCGGCGAGAAGCCCUACACGUGCCAGCAGUGCGGCAAGGGCUUCAGCCAGGCCUCGCACUUCCACACCCACCAGCGGGUGCACACCGGCGAGCGGCCCUACAUCUGCGCCGUGUGCCGUAAGGGCUUCAGCCAGCGCUCACACCUCGUGUACCACCAGCGGGUGCACGCUGCAGGGAAUGCAUAGCAGGGCGAGUGGCACGCAGCUGUCAGGACGGCCGUCCUGCUCGCCAUCAGAGGGCUGGCUGGGACGUUCCGACAGAAUCUUCACCGGAAGCAGAUGGAAACGGUGCUCCGAGGGACUCAGCCGGGAUGAAUCUCCUGCCAACAUCAGAGAAUAGAAAAUGGAAUUGCAGCAACAUGGUUGUACCAGUUUCCAAGUCCAGUCCCCAAGCUCUGCCCUAGCAGGGGUCCGCGUUCUCAGGCGUGCUGGGCUUGAAGCACAAGCCUCAAGGCGG